AUCUUUUAUACCCGACUCUUCCUACUAUAUUUUUUUGAAGCUCAUCUGAUAAUUGUCAACAAAUCAGAUCCCUUGUAUAUUAAAAAGACGUUUCGACAUGGACAAUCACGGCGCAGCUCGUACUUCUCGAACCGCGCGAACUGAAGAACAACGACAGCAAGAUCUCAACAAGAUAGGAAAAUAUCAAGAACUUGAGGAAUCCAUCCGUGUUCGCGCUGCAGCAGAAAACUACGAUACCACCCUUUUCCAACUCACUUCUAAAUUACUACGUCUAAAUCCCGAAUAUUACACGAUAUGGAACGUCCGUCGCCGCUGUCUAAUCUCUGGAUUAUUGUCAGGACCCUCGGCUGGGUCAUCGCCCUCGAAGGAGUUACCGAAUAUUUCUCCGAGCGACACUACGAAUCCGUCUUCAGACUACUCCUCACCUUCGUCCUCGGAUGCGACCCCGCAAGGCCAAGGCUCCCCGACAGCUGGGAAGAAUGGUAUUAUAGUUGACGACGGGGAAUAUAUAACUUCAGAAGGGGAUGUAGAAAUCCUCAAUUCCGAGCUCGACUUCACUAUCCCCCUUUUACUCGAAUUUCCCAAGUGCUACUGGAUUUGGAAAUAUCGCAAAUGGCUUCUCGAGCAAGCCAUCGUACGACUACCCACAACCGCUGCUCGUAAGAUCUGGGAGGCCGAGCUUACUUUGGCAUCCAAGAUGUUAACCAAAGAUCGGCGUAACUUUCACGCAUGGGGUUACAGGCGGUACGUAGUAGCCGCGCUGGAGAGUCCCUCCCUCGGCGGGCGGAGCAUGGUCGAAGAGGAGUUCGCCUACACCACUGUGAAGAUCUCUGCCGACCUAUCUAAUUUCUCAGCCUGGCAUAAUCGAAGCCAGUUAAUGCUACGUCUACUAGAAGAGCGUAGCGCCGACGAUGCGGCGAGGAAGGAAUUCCUCAAGGCAGAGCUCGGUUUCGUCCGAGAUGCCCUUAAUGUCGGCCCAGAAGACCAGAGCUUAUGGUAUUAUCAUCAAUAUAUGGUGUCGCAAAUCGUCAGCUAUGCUAGCAAACAGGCCAUAGCGCCGGCUCUGACCAUUGUCGAGAGGGCGGCCUACGUGAGGGAGGAGAUUGACCAGAUAAAAGAUCUGCUGGAGGAUUACGAAGAUGUAAAAUGGAUUUACGAGUCUCUGCUCGAAUAUACCAUCGCCCUAAAGCGACUCGGAGAACAUGGCAAUGAGGAUAUCCAUAUCGAUGAGCCUAGUAAGUGGCUAGCGAAAGUCCGAUCACUGGAUCCGAUGCGAGCAGGUAGAUGGAGUGAUGUAGAGAAGCAAUUGGCGCAAAUUGGCAUUAGCAUUAGAUAAUGGCUAUGGAUAUAUGCGUGGAAAAUGUUACUACGACUUUCCAGUUGCCCGGAACGUUUCUACUUCGAUAUUAAAAUUACACAGGUGUCGUUCCAUUGCAUUUACUCACGACUAGGCUCGCACCCGCUCCGACCAAACCGUCGAAAUAUGCGAGCAGGGUCUCCACAGGUAUCAUAUCAAGCAACCCAAGGGUGGGAUUCGAGGACUUCAGUGUCUUUCCUCC